GCGGAGAGCGGCAGGAGGAUGAGAGACGGAGAGGCGGACGCGGACAGAAAGCGGCUGCGACGCCAGCGGGCUGGAAUGGAGGACGUUCAGUAGCGGACAUCCGCCGCGGUGAUCCGAAAUGCUCUCUCUGUUCCCCGCAGAGGGGGGGAUAGGACAAGGCGUCUGAGCAGGACGCGGGAUGAGAUUUGCACAGCUUCGGAGACCCUCUUCGUCCUGUGAUCUGAAACAGCCGCGGGGCUUGGGGGGUGUACGGGACACGGGGCGCACGGCUCACAGCCGCUCCGGCUCAUCUGUGGAUUGAAGAACACUGAUUCUCUCUGCAUCUCAUUUAAAAGCUACCGGAGCUCGGUGGGUACGGUGGUCUCGCCAUGAAGGCUGUUUCGGCAAACUUAUUCGCUCUUCUUUUCCUGUGCGCCCUUGCAAGUGUUUUCUACGUGUGGAGCGCACUGGAGACCCGUUUGGAGCGACACAAGCGGAGGCUCUCAGUACCGGGAGGUGGGUCUUUUCACCAAGGUCUCCCGGCGGACCUCUCUGCCAAAACUUUCCGGGUUUUGCUCGCUGUCCCGGCGGCACAAAGACCGCACUUGGGGGGCAGGCUUGAGGCUCACAACCUCACUGAUCAAACCGUCUCUGCAGGAAAUCAAAAUUACCAUGUGAAUGGGGAUAACAAGAGGUCAGCGCUGCGGGAGGGCCCGGUCAAGUUGGGCUCCCCGGUGGAGGAUGGGAUAUUUUGGAGUGAAUGGCUGGAGGACCUCCUCCCUGUGGGCUUCACGGAGGAAUAUGCCCGGGCAUGGCGAGGGAGGGCCAGGACACACCGGGUAGUGCGGCUGGAGCCUGGAUGCGGCAGGAUAUCUAAUCAGCUCGCCACUUUUGCAGAUGGGACCAAAGCGUGCGUGCGUUACGGGAUAAACGCGGAUCAGGUGCAGGGAGAAACUUUGACAUAUUACCUUGCCAGUUUGCUCGGCAUCACAAACCUGCCUCCUCUAAUACUGUCCCAGCUGAACGGUGACAGUGAACAGUGGGCGGCUGUGAGGACGCGGAUAGACGCUCUGCAGUGGAGCGAUCGGGCCGUGGUCUCUCUCACUGAGUGGGUCUCCAACCUGACCGGGGUGGUCACACCUGCGCCGCUCAGACAGGAGAGCAGCGGGCUGCACCCUGUGCACGGGGAGCUCUGGAACAAGACGACGGCGGAGCUGCUGGAGCUGAUGCAGUGGACCGACCUGAUCAUGUUCGACUACCUGACCGCAAACUUCGACAGGCUCGUCAGCAAUCUGUUCAGCCUGCAGUGGGAUUCGCGCGUAAUGGAGAGAGACACCAACAACCUCCUCAAAACGCCCGGCGGCGACCUCGUGUUCAUAGACAACGAGGCCGGGCUCGUGCACGGGUUCCGGGUGUUGAACAUGUGGGAGAAAUAUCACAGCACGGUCCUGAGCUCCGUGUGCGUGUUCAGGAAAAGGACCACGCAGCGCGUGGCGGAGCUGCACAGGCGCAGAGACUCCAGGAAAAGGCUGCUGGAGCUCUACAGAGACAGCGAGCCUUUGUCUCCGGAAUUAGGAUUUCUCUCAGACGAGCAUGCCGGCGUUCUCCAGGACAGACUAGACAGAUUACACAGACACAUUUUGCAUUGCAAAGGAAAGUACAGCCAGCUGUGAACAUUCAGCACGCACAGGUGACGGAUUUGCAGCCUGCACGGUAUAAUGAGCUCUGCAACACGGCUGGCACACCUGUGCUAAACUGAUGCGCAUUACAAAAAAAAAAAACUGUCUUGAAUAUCCAGCUGAACUACCUCUUGUGAAUAGAAUGUGUUGCCUACUUUAUAAAUAACUAAUUUGACACAUGUUUAUAAGCUCCCUGAUGAGAUUUUCACUGUAUGCCUCACAGAGACGAAUGAUCAAGGCCAGUUCCUCUUGUCUACUUCACCCCACUGACGCUCACCCGAAUAGCAUUAACUGUAAAGAGUAGGCUAUAUUUGUGACUAGGGUGUCAUAAUGCAGCACUUCAUUGUGUUUGGAUUCUUGCCUUUUGUCCUCCCUAAGCCUUAACAUGAGUUGACUCUUGAAUACUGUAUUUCUGUUAACAUCUGGCUGGCUUUUUAUACAUAUAUAUAUAGAAAAUCCUUUGCACAGUACAUUGUCAUAGAGGCACCUGCACUCCUGUAAUUGUGUCUGAAUUGCAUAUUCAGCCUUAAAGUCACAGGUGUACCGUAGUACUUGUACAUGCUGUAAGUACAUUGUAAAUAUUGUCUGUCGACCUGUUUUGGGAAUUUGAUCCUCCACUAAUUUAACGUGCAUUGUAACAUUCCAAAAAUCUCUUGUCCUUUUUUGAUAAAUACACUGUA